ACACAAAAAAGUUUGGAACAAAGUUUGAAAAUUGCUUUAAAAUGGGACUACACUCUUUCAAAAUCGUUGGCAAGCGGAAAGUGUAUAUUUGCGCUCUCCUCGCACGGUCACACUGAGUUUGAGCGGUAAAAGUGAACGAGAUGGACGACUCCGCCAAUUUAAGCGCCAGCAUGUGCGACGUGGAGGCGUCUAUGCUCAAUCAGAACGUGAGCUUCAGCAGCACCAUGGUCACGUCCAACGGCGAUCUCACGUUGCCCAAGCUGAGCGUGACUCUUUCGGAGGCGGAGAUCCAGAAGCUGCGUUCCCGGCCUGCGAAGAACUGCGUUGAAUCGCCGAAUGCAUCUGCGGAUGCUGCCGAAUCCGCGCAGGAGGAUGUGGAUGCGGCUGAGGAAGGGGAAGGGGAGAGCGUCGUCGACAUAGAGGACACUUUGGAGCUGACGGCGGACGGCAACCAGGUGAAGCCGGACUUCCCAGAGGCUGCAGCUGCUCCUGUCCCGGAGUACUUCCAGGGCGUACUUGUUGAGCUGGGCCGACGCUGCUGGACCUCGUCGACGGAGGCUCAGCACUACACCAAGGGCUGCUACUGGUCACCGGACGGCACGUGCCUUCUAGUACCCGUUCACCUCGACGGCAUGCACGUCAUGGAGCUGCCCGGCGAUCUCUACUCCGCACAAGUGGUGCAGACUCGCCCGCUGAGCAAGCUCCAGUCGGCGGUGCACGUGCCCGAGGGCGGAACUGUCUACGACUGUGUCUGGUAUCCGCACAUGAACAGCCAGCAACCAGAAACAUGCUUGUGGCUGGCCACGCGACAGCACGAGCCCAUACACAUGUGGGAUGCCUUCGACGGCACCCUGCGAUGCAGCUACAGCGGCUAUGAUGCCGUAGACGAAGUCAUGGCGGCCAUUUCCUUGGCCUUCUCUCACGACGGCGAGAAGAUCUACGCGGGAUACAAGCGCUGCAUCAAGAUCUUCGACACCAGCAGACCCGGUCGUCUUUGCGACGAUUACCCCGUCAAGUUUGCCAUAUCCUGCAUUGCCCAAACUACUGACCACCCAAACACUCUGACCUGCGGCAACUGGCAUGGCUACAUCCAGCACUUCGACUUGCGGUGCAGCCACAAGCAGGGACCGCUCUUCACGCUGGGCGGGCACAAGGGCGGCAUCACACAACUGCGCUACGGCGAGAUGGGCUCCGGGAAGUGGCAUCUGUUCAGUGGAGCUCGCAAGUGCGACAAGAUCUUGCAGUGGGACAUGCGCAACUACAAGAAGCCACUGGUGGAGUUGAAGCGCCAUGUGGACACCAACCAGCGUAUUCAAUUCGACUUCACGCCCGACAGCCAUUGGCUGGUCAGCGGCGACUCAUGGGGAUCCGUUAAUGUUUGGGAUCUAAAGAGAUACGGAGAUCCUUCCAUACUGCCCCUCCAUUCCGACUGCUGCAACGGAGUGUCCCUCAACCCAGCUAUGCCGAUUCUGGCCAGCAGCUCGGGGCAGUUCCAUUUUACAGACCAAAGUGCCCAAGGGGACCACGUCACCUUUAACAGCUCGGAAACGAAGGAGUUGACGGCGCUGGGCGAAGUGAAUCCAAAUGAGCGGGAAGUAAUCUACGAGAACGCAGUGGUCAUGUGGUGGUGCGGCCAAAGUGGAUAACACAUAAAACUGGUGUAGUCGAGUAAAUA